AUGAAGAUAGAGAUCCUUUCACAAAUCAAGGAGCAAAGAACGUACAGAAACAGGUGGUCAAAACCAUUUUAAAAUUUGUUUUUACAGCUCAACUUUCCCUUAUGCAAUCGACUUGCAUUUCGGAAACUGAGUUACCAUAUAAAGCACUAAAAACAUUUUUUUACGUUAUAAUUCGCAAAAUCACUGGUUGAGUUCAACAGAUCACACUUAAAAGUUUAAAAAAUUCAGUAUGAAUUCUCACUGUUAUCAUUAGAACACCCAUCAUUGUAAAUGUAAAUAAAAAGCACCUGAUAAAUAUUGAUUGAGAAGACUUUGAUCAGAGAGGAAAAGGUUGUUCUUUCACUUAAACGUGAAAAAAAAAACUGCACCGAUUUAAACUCUCUUCAUUUCCAACCAAUAUUGUUAAUUCAUCCAUAUUAGUAAUGUAAUAUUUUGAAUGGUCACCAUGGAUUUCAUAAGCGAUACUCGCCAUAGGGACAAAAGCCGUGAAUCUCCCUAUGUAGAAAUCUCAUCAAGCGAUACUUGUGAUUUCGAAUCUGUUAGUUCUUCCCCAAGGAAUAGAACGGGAAGUAUUAAUAGCUUUCUGGAAGAAGCAGAAAUCGUUACUCCAGCCUCUGAAGAAAUAUAUCGCAUAUCUAGUCAUGAAAUGCGACGCAAAUUGAAUGAUUAUUUCAUGAAUCCUAUACAAAAAUGGAGAAUUAGAGGUCGGUUUCCAUGGAAAUUAUCCAUUAAUUUAAUAAACAUUAUAAUUGCAACUAUCCAAAUGUGCCUUUUUGGAUUUCAUAGCUUUGAAUAUGUUAGACAACAUUUAGAUAUGAAAAUGACACUUAGCCAUAUCUUUUUAAAAGAUUGGACUGCCGAUGUUGCCGUUUAUCCUCCUGGUACUGGACCGUACGCUUUGUACACCAUACCGGAAUUUUACGAGCACGUUGAUAAUGUUAUUCAACAAUAUGGACACAUUAAUUCGACUGCCAUUGGUAUUUUUGGUUAUGACACUCAUAAUGGGGUUCCCCUGCCUCUUGAAUUUUGUGUCUCACAGUACAAAGGGAGAGUAUACCCCGGGAAUUCGACUAUCGAGAUUCACGAUCUACCUCGGGAAACGUGUUUUUCCAUCAAUCCGUCAUCUUUUGACACUUUUUCAACUGAAUCUUUUCUUAUCCAUUCUAACUAUUCAAUCAAUUUCAAAACUUUAGUAUUUGUAAAAUUGCAUCUCCAGUUAAAGACUCUCUUUUUAAAAUCGGCUAAUAAAUUAGACUUUCCCGAAUGUUACAAACUCAAGAUUGUCGUUUUGUACGACAACAGGGAACACGACGGACAGAUGGAAAUCAGCAUGCCCAUCAACUCCAACAAAGUUUUGUGUCACGUGAGGUCGCGGGUGGGUGACAAAAAAGAAGAUUUGUAUUAUUUAUUGAGGCAACUCUUAAACAGCUUUGUUAUUAUAUUUAGCAUUCUGUCGGGGAUACUGUGUUUGAGGUCGUUGCACAGUGGAUAUAAACUUGCGAGGCAGACUGUACUCUUUUUCCGCCAUUUCUACAACAAAGAAGUGCCUUUCGGGGAAUUGUUAGAUUUUGUGGAUCUUUGGUAUAUCAACAUCGCUAUCAGUGAUAUCAUGUUGGUAUUUGGUUCCUUGAUAAAAAUGCAAAUUGAAGAAGAGAGUGCUGAAGGAUCAGAGUAUGCAAAGUGUUCCAUUCUUCUGGGUGUUGGAAACUUAUUGAUCUGGAUAGGAAUUCUGAGAUAUUUAGGUUUUUUUGACAAGUACAACAUGCUUAUAUUGACCUUGAAGAAGGCUUUGCCCAAUGUUCUAAGGUUUCUUAUAUGCGCCGUCUUUCUUUUCCUCGGGUACACUUUCUGCGGUUGGAUUGUGCUGGGACCUUAUCACAUCAAAUUUCGCACUCUCAGUCGAACGGCUGAGUGCUUGUUUGCGAUAAUGAAUGGGGACGAUAUGUUUGCAACCUUUGCCUUAUUAGACACGAAGCUCGACGUCAUCUGGUGGUUUGCAAGAUUUUAUUUGUACUCUUUUCUUUUGAUAUUUAUUUAUGUUGUUGUAUCUUUAUUUAUAUCUGUAAUAAUGGACACUUAUGAAACAAUAAAACAUCUGUAUUCGCAUGGCGCAGAGCCAAAGAAAAUAGUAGAAAUUUUUCUCGCAGCGGAGGCGCAAGAACCGUCUGCUCCUUCGGACGUAGAUCGAGAUGACGGUACAAAUUCAAUUAAAAAAAUGUGGCAUUGGGUUAGACUUCACUCUUGGCUUAAAUGAUGCAAGAUUUGUAAUUAUUGUCAGGAUUUUAUAGUCAAUAAUAAAAUGUAUUAUUUAUUUCAUUUUAUUUUUUUUUAAAUAUUUUGUUGAUUUAUAAAGUUUGAAUCACAUUCUAAUCUCAAAAGUUCAUCUGAAUCAUAUAAACAUUUUAUUAUAAUUAAGAGUUAAUUAAUUUUAUAAUUGUCUGAUAGUAUAUCUCAAUACAUGUUAAUUAUUUUGAUAAAAGCCAUUGAACGAUUAUUUUAUAGUUUGAAUAUGUUUGCAGCUUUUUUUUUCUUUUUGAAAUUUCUAAAGCUGGAAAUUUCUUUUUUUCCUAUAAAUAAUAAAACUCCAUUUGUUGGGAAGAUCUUAACCUUUAUGGAAAAAUUAUUGUGUACUUUAGGUUUGGAAAACUCUGGUCUACAUUAGCAAAGAAUUUAAAUUAUAAUAUUUAUAGAAUUUGAAAUAUAUAUAUAAAAAAGUCUUUGUUGAUGCUACAAAUUUUGAUUACCUGAAAUCAGGGCAUUUAUAACAUUUAUUUCAGUGUGAAAUGCUAUUUUUAUAAUAUGUGAUGCAAUUAAAUUUUAAUUAAUAUGAUUAGAUAUAUACAGAAACAAUUACUAGUCAUUUUUUAAAUUUUAAAAAAUAGAUUUGAAAGUUAUUUUAAAAAAUGUCUGAAACAAACUUUUUUACAACAAUAAAUUCAUGAAAUAAUUGUUGAUACUGUACAACGCUUCUCAAAGUAAUUUAUCUUUUGCCAUUAAAAUUGCUGCUAAAUCUUCAACUCUUUUUAUUGCUUAUGCCUGUCACUACUCAUAAAAAUUCAUCUGUAACUGAUUUUACAAUAUUUGACUUGCCAUUGAAUAAGUCAAUACUACUGUGAUAAAGAUAACAUUUUGAGAUAUUUUUAUUGUGAUUUUAUCUUUAUUGUAUUAGUGAUAAAUAUUUCAUAGCAUUUUUUAUUUUGGGGUUUCUUUUUGUUGCCUAUUCAUAGUAAGAAGAAGAAGAUUAAGUGCCUGCUUAACAUCACAUUUUUGUUUAAUUUUAGUGCAUAAACUUCAGUUAUGUUCAUUUGUGUUAAUUCAUAAAGAUUUUAAAUAACAACCACACUUUUUAUCAAAUAAGCAUGUGAAUUUAUUUAAAAUGAAAUUGCUUCUUUUUUCCCCCCCUCAGGGUAAUACUUAUUAAGAAAUGAAAGAUAUUUUAAUGUAAAAUUUUUUUUUCUUUUUAAUUUUUGCUUAGAUGUGUUAUGAAUUUUUGGUAAUUUUGUUAUGAAAAAAUUUAUUUCCAGUUAUACAGAUAAAGUAUUAUCCUGCAUUUUCAGUCUUGUUUAUUCUCCUGACUGUUAGAGUAAAACCAUUUUUUAUCAAAUGUCUUAGAUUUCCAAACAAAUUCCUUCUGCAUUUUCUUUUUUUUUUAAAUUUACCUUUUUUGGUGUCUCUGAUCUAUUUGGGUAACAAUAUUGAAUGCUAGAAAAAGGAACUUUUUAGGUUUUCCUUUUCUUUAAAUUUUUUUUUUUUUAAGUGAAAUUGGACAAGGUUAAUGAAAAACUACAUUUAUUGUUAACAUCUAUAUAUAUAUGUGUGUGUGUGUGUGUGUGUUUAUUUUGUUAAAAUUAUAUAUAUAUAUAUUUCAUUUUUGUCUGCUAUUAAUAUAUUUUAGUUCCGUCCUUUAAUUGAAAGCAUAUACUAUUAUCUCGUAUAACAACAGAUGAAAAGGCUAAAAACAGUUACUUAAAGUUUUCUCUUCUUUUAUUUCGAUUAAGAAGGCUGCUUUAUGGCAAUAAAUCCAGCUUAUUUUACCUAUAUUCAAAAGUAGCAAAAAUGAAAAAUAGUAUGAAUUUUCAAAAAAGCUGCUAGUUUUUGACUUAAAAUAUGCACUAUGUUCAUUUUUGGAAUAUAAUUUGUAAAUAGGAGCGGGAGAAUGUUAUGAAGACUGUGUACAGAAAUUAUAAUUGAAAUCUGAUAUUAAGUGAUACUUGGCAGGGCUCUGUUUAGAAGAAAUUUGGUUCCGUUAACGAACCCUUCACAAAAUAUUUUUUCAUACCUUCGCAAAAUAAUUUAUCUUUUAAUCGGACCCUUCACAAAUUUGUUUAUCCUCAUUAUUGUUUUGUCAAUCGAAUAAACCCUUCCCGGAGGAGGGGGGGAGACGGUUCGAAACGAACUAAGUUUAUAAAGUUUCCCUAAGUUUAAAUUCCAAAUGUAGUAUUCUAAGAAAAUAUUUCUACUUCUACAAACAUCGUGUGCACAUUCUUAUUGAUAUUAAAUGAUAAUUGUUUUGUAAAUAAUUGAUCAAUUUAUAU